GCACCGGCGGAUGCUGGAGCAGCUGCUGAUGGUGGAGCAGUCGCACAAACAGGCCCUGUACAAGCUAGAGGACGAGAAGAGGAACCACGGAGAGUUCAUGAAGAAGAGUGACGAGUUCACCAACCUGCUGGAGCAGGAGCGCGAGAGGUUGAAGCUGCUAAUUGAUCAGGAAAAGGCUUACCAAGAGCGAAAGGAAGAAGAGAACAACAAAAAGGUCUCAAGUCUGAAGGAAGAGCUGACAAAACUCAAGUCAUUUGCGUUGAUGGUAGUGGAUGAACAGCAACGCCUCACCGAGCAACUGAAUCAACAAACAGCUAAGGUCCAAGAACUGAGUGCCAGUUCUUCACAAGCCCAAGAGGAGUUGAUCUCAGCUAAUGCCCGUCUGCAGGAAGAGGAGCAAAAGGUCAUUCGCUUGGAGGCUGAGCGGCGCGACCAAGCCAUUCGACACCAUCAGGAACAGGAGGCCAUGACUGCCAAAUUGACCAGCGAGGAUGCCCAAAGCAGGCAGCUGCGCCAGAAACUGUCAGCUCUCAGCAGGCAGCUUGAUGAGCUGGAGGAGACCAACAAGACCCUGCGCAGAGCUGAGGAGGAACUGCAGGAGCUGAGGGACAAAAUUAGCCGUGGUGAGUGUGGAAACUCUAGCCUCAUGUCUGAGCUUGAAGAGUUACGGAAAAGGGUACUUGAAAUGGAGGGAAAGGAUGAAGAGUUGAUCAGAAUGGAGGACCACUGCAGGGACCUCAACAAGAAACUGGAAAAAGAGGCCAACCAAAGUCGGAGCUUGAAGGCUGAAGUCGAUAAGUUGAACCACAGAAUUAUGGACUUGGAAAAACUAGAGGAUGCAUUUAGCAAGAGCAAACAAGAAUGCAACUCACUCAAAAGUAACUUGGAGAAGGAGAAGACAGUGUCAAAGGUUCUGUCCAGUGAGCUGGAAGUCUUGAAAGUCAGGGUCAGAGAACUUGAGGCUGCUGAAAACCAGCUGGGAAAGACAGAACUGACACUGAAGGAAGAUCUCACCAAGUUAAAGACACUGACAGUCAUGCUGGUGGAUGAAAGGAAGGCAAUGGCAGAGAAGCUAAAGCAAAUGGAGAACAAAGUCCAAAACAGCACUGGAAAACUUCAGGCUGAACAGGACAAAGUUACGUCAGUCACAGAGAAACUAAUUGAUGAGAGCAAGAAAGCACUGAGGUCAAAGGCUGAGCUAGAGGAGAAAAUGUGCAGCGCUACAAAGGAAAGAGAUGACCUGAAGGACAAAUUGAGGGUUGAGGAGGAAAAGAGCAAUGAUUUGGAGUCUAAGAUCAAUAUGAUGAAGAAAAGGAUGCAAUCACUAGAGACAAUAGAGAGAGAAUACCUAAGGAGCAAAGCUAAAGAGGAGAACAUCAAAACACCCAUUGCCAACCGCUUCCAACAAGAGGACAACAAAGUUAAGGAUUUAACACAGGAGGUUGAGCGUCUUAGACGCAAAUUAAAAGAUAUGAAGGUGGUAGAAGGUGACCUAUUAAAAACAGAGGAGUUCGAAUCACUGGAGAAAAGAUUCACCAACGAGCAGGAGAAAGCCAAGACUUUGAUGGAGGAGCUGGACAUAUCUAGAAAAGAACUUUCCAAGUACCAGCUGGCAGAAAAGAAAGAGUGCAACCAAGAGCAUGUUCUGUAUAAACGCUUGAAGGAGGAGGAGGCAAAGUCUAGCCAUUUGACUAGAGAGGUAGCAGCCCUGAAAGAGAAGAUCCAUGAAUACAUGGGAACAGAGGAGUCCAUUUGCCGUAUGAAAACUGACCACUCCUCACUGCAAAGAAAACUGACACAGCAGGAGGUCAGAAACAAGGAACUGGCCAGAGAAAUGGACACACUCACACGAGAGCUUGAGCGCUAUAGACGAUUUAGCAAAAGUCUACGCCCUGGCAUGAACGGGAGGCGCUUCUCAGAUCUGCAUGUUUCCACCAAGGAAGUCCAGACAGAUCCGCUUGAUCUGAUGUCUCCCAACGGCAAGACAAUGGCACCACUGGAACGUGCUGUGGUGAACGGGAAGCUGUAUGACGAGAGUGAGCCUGAGGAAAACGCAAAUUACAGUAACGAGCUUCAGCUCACAAAAUGCAGUCCCUCGCUCAUCAAUAAUGUAAACAACCUAAACAACAACAUGAGAAGAGCGAGAGUCCCAUUCCUCAAAAACAAAGAAAGCCCCCAUCAAGUGAACGGUAAAGUGCAACCACGGCAGAAUGGCAACCAUGUGCAGUCUGGAGAUGUUGUGUUGACCCACAGUCCUGGACAGCCUCUGCACAUUAAAGUGACUCCUGACCACGGACACAACACUGCAACGCUAGAGAUCACCAGCCCGACCACAGAAAACACCCAGUCAUUCACCAGCACUGCCGUCAUACCCACAAGUGGAGGUCCACCCAAACAGAGAAUUACCAUCAUCCAGAAUGCAUCCAUAUCCCCGACUGCAAAAUCCAUUUCCCCCACAACAAAAUGUAAAGGUUCCCCUGUGUCAGACGAGCCGUGUUCACCAGAUAGGGCCCUAUCACCUUUCACUAUGUCUACAUACUCCAGAGCGAUGACCCCGGACUCUUGCGGCUCUGUAACACCAGACAGAGCCAUGUCACCUAUACAAAUUGUCUCGGUCACAACAGGCACCCCUGAUCGCUCCCUCUCCACGGAGCCAGUGGAAGUUGUCGGCGGGCACGCCGUCUUCCGCGUGACCCCUGAAAGGCAAAGCAGCUGGCAGGUCCAGAGGUCAAACAGCUCGGGGCCAAAUGUCAUCACCACAGAGGACAACAAAAUCCACAUUCACUUAGGGAGCCCCUUCAUUCAGAGCAUCAGCACUCCGACACAAACGCUGAGUCCAUGCCACACACCCGGACUCCAGGAGCAGAGGACUCAAGUGCUGGCCAAUUGCAGCACUCCUACUGCCAAAGGCAACAGCAAAAUCACAAGUAGCAUCAUGAUUAAGCCCACCUCCACCCCAGUCCAAAGGCCAUCACAAAUUACAAUACCUCUAGAAGCAUUCCGGCGACCAGGACCUACGAGAAUCCCCAAACCGAAGGGCUACAGCUCCCAGAAAGGGACAAACAGUACUAACCUUGGACUGCAGAACAAGGGUCAGCCGCCACAGACUCCUCUAACCACCGGGAAAGAUCAGCCCACGCAAAUACCUGCAGCACACAACAACAACAACAACAACCCAAACCUUGUCAACCGCAGGCUGUGAUAUGGC